AGUGCAAGGAAGGGCAGUCUCCUGAGCAGAAGUGCACCUAGGCGCCAGUUGGUAUAAAGUUAGUAAAUGUGAGGCCUCGCCCGAUGCCUGGGUUGUGGGCUUUGUUUCUCAGCCCUCCAUAAAUCAUCCUGCUGAAGAAGACCCGUAAAUCUGGCUCUUUUCAGGAAUUUGCAAACAGGGCAUUUUAAAGAUAAAUGAAAAUAAAAUGGAAACCACUUCCCUGCGGCGGAAAUUUCCAGAAUGGAUGUCAACGCAGAAUAAAAGCUGUGCCACACAAGAAAAGGCAAGCAUUCGGAAGAGUGUUCUUGAAGACGACCUCCCAUUCUUAGAAUUUACUGGGUCUGUUGUUUAUAGUUAUGAGGCCAGUGAUUGCUCUUUCCUGUCUGAAGACAUUAGCAUGCGUCUGUCUGACGGAGAUGUGGUAGGAUUUGACAUGGAAUGGCCACCCAUAUACAAGCAAGGGAAACAAAGCAGAGUUGCAGUGAUCCAGCUGUGCGUGUCUGAGAGCAAAUGUUACUUGUUUCACAUUUCUUCUAUGUCAGUUUUCCCCCAGGGGUUAAAAAUGUUACUAGAAAACAAAUCGAUUAGGAAGGCAGGCGUGGGCAUUGAAGGGGACCAGUGGAAACUUCUGCGUGACUUUGAUGUCAAGUUGGAGAGUUUUGUGGAGUUGUCAGAUGUCGCCAACAGAAAGCUCAAGUGCGCGGAGACCUGGAGCCUCAAUGGUCUGGUUAAACAUGUCUUAGGAAAACAGCUUUUGAAAGACAAGUCCAUCCGCUGUAGCAAUUGGAGUGAUUUCCCCCUCUCUGAGGACCAGAAACUGUAUGCAGCCACUGAUGCUUACGCUGGUCUCAUCAUCUAUCAAAAAUUAGAAAAUAUGGGUGAUACCGUGCAAGUGUUUGCUCUAAAUAAAGCAGAGGAAAACCUACCUAUGGAGAUGAAGAAACAGUUGAAUUCAAUCUCCGAAGAAAUGAGGGACCUUGCCAAUCAUUUUCCUGUCACUUGCAGAAAUUUGGAAACUCUACAGAGGGUCCCUAUGAUAUUGGAGAACAUUUCAGAAAAUCUGUGUUCAUUGAGAAAGGUGAUCUGUGCGUCUACAGACACUGAGACUAAACCGGAGCCAGGCGGUGGGUCUCAUUUUCUGUCAUCCGAGGGUUCAGCUGCUGUCGGAGAGAGAGAGAAACAAAUGGGAGAACACAGGACUUUUCCUAAAAUUAAAGAAGAAGCAUGGGACCCAGAACUUGACAGUUUAGUGAAGCAUGAGGCGGUCGAUAUUUUCAGAAAUCAAGUGAAGCAAGAAAAAGGUGGAUUUGAGGAUGAAAUGGAAGACAAUCUGUUGAGAGAAGUUAUGGAAAGAACUUGUAUUUCAGAAUAUGAACUCCAAGAUUUGGAACAGCAAGCCAAAGAAGAAAAACAUAAUGCUAUUUCUCACCAGUUUUCUGAGCACUUAUCUCCCGAUGAUGAUGAAAAAGACUCCUCUUAUAUAAUUGAAAGUGAUGAAGACUUAGAAAUGGAGAUGCUGAAGUCUUUAGAAAAUCUAAACAGCGACGUGGGGGAGCCCACUCAUUCCAAAUGGCUGGAAACGGGAGGCAGUGUGACUCUUCCUCCCGAGGAGGAAGAUGGAGACGGAAAGGAAGCCUUCGAAGAGGAGCAGGAAGAAGAGGACCAUCUAUUGCCAGAACCCAGUGCAAAGCAAAUUAAUUGCCUCAAGACUUAUUUCGGCCACUGCAGUUUUAAACCGGUCCAGUGGAAAGUCAUCCAUUCAGUAUUAGAAGAAAGAAGAGAUAAUGUUGUCGUCAUGGCAACUGGAUACGGGAAGAGUCUGUGCUUCCAGUAUCCGCCGGUUUAUACAGGCAAGAUUGGCAUUGUCAUUUCGCCCCUUAUUUCCUUAAUGGAAGACCAAGUCCUCCAGCUUGAAAUGUCCAACGUUCCAGCCUGUUUACUUGGAUCAGCACAACCAAAAAAUAUUCUAGGAGAUAUUAAAUUAGGCAGAUAUAGGAUCAUCUACAUAACUCCAGAGUUCUGUUCUGGUAACUUGGACCUACUCCAGCAACUUGACUCUAAUAUUGGUAUCACACUCAUUGCUGUGGAUGAGGCUCACUGCAUUUCUGAGUGGGGUCACGACUUUAGAAGUUCAUUCAGGACUCUGGGCUCUCUGAAGACAGCACUCCCACUGGUUCCAGUCAUUGCCCUCUCUGCUACUGCGAGCUCUUCCAUCCGGGAAGACAUUAUACGGUGCUUGAACUUGAAAGACCCUCACAUCACCUGCACUGGGUUUGACCGACCCAAUCUCUACUUAGAAGUUGAACGAAAAACAGGGAACAUACUUCAGGAUCUAAAGCCAUUUCUCGUCCGAAAGACAAGUUCUGCCUGGGAAUUCGAAGGUCCAACCAUCAUCUAUUGUCCUUCAAGAAAAAUGACAGAACAAGUUACUGUUGAACUUGGGAAACUGAAUGUAGCCUGCCAGGCGUACCACGCCGGCAUGAAAAUUAGCGAAAGGAAGGACAUUCAUCAUAGGUUCCUGAGAGAUGAAAUCCAGUGUGUUGUAGCUACUAUAGCCUUUGGAAUGGGCAUUAAUAAAGCCGACAUUCGCAAAGUUAUUCACUACGGCGCUCCCAAGGAAAUGGAGUCCUAUUACCAGGAAAUCGGAAGAGCUGGCCGUGAUGGACUUCAGAGUUCCUGUCACUUGCUCUGGGCUCCAGCAGACUUUAACACAACUAGGAAUCGCCUUAUUGAGAUCCACAAUGAAAAGUUCCGGUUACAUAAAUUAAAGAUGAUGGUAAAGAUGGAGAAAUACCUUCAUUCCAGUCGAUGUAGGCGACAAAUCAUCUUGUCCCAUUUUGAGGACAAACGACUACAGAAGGCCUCCUUGGCCAUUAUGGGAACUGAAAAAUGCUGUGAUAAUUGCAGGCCCAGACUGAAUCAUUGCUCUUCUGCUAACAACUCAGAGGAUACAGCCCAAGACUUUGGGCCACAAGCAUUCCAGCUACUAUCUGCCGUGGACAUCCUGCAGGAGAAAUUUGGAAUUAAGAUCCCGAUUUUAUUUCUCCGAGGAUCUAAUUCUCAGCGUCUUCCUGAGAAAUAUCACAAUCACAGGCUUUUUGGUGCUGGCAAGGAGCAAGCAGAGAGUUGGUGGAAGGCCCUUUCUCACCAUCUCAUAGCUGAAGGAUUCUUGGUAGAGGUUCCCAGGCAAAACAAAUUUAUAAAGACUUGUUCCCUCACAAAAAAGGGUAGGAAGUGGCUUGGUGAAGCCAGUUUGCAGUCUCCUCCCAGCCUUGUCCUUCAAGCUAACGAAGAGGCAUUUUCAAGGAAGAAGGCUUUGCUAUCCAGUUCUAAUCCCGUAUCUUCAGAAACGAAGCAACACGCCUCUAACCAAAAGCCAACUGGGUCAAGUACACAGCAGUCUAAUUUGGAGGGAGCGUAUUCUGACAAAGUGCCUGAGAAAUUUUCUUCUGGGAGUAACAUUCCUAAAAAAAGCGUCGUGAUGCAGUCAGCGGGAACAUCGUACAGCUCCUCGGAACCUGUCAUUUCGGCCCAAGAGGUCGACACCCGGACUGUGCUGUAUGCCAGGUUGGUGGAAGCACGGCAGAAGCACGCUAAUGAGAUGGAUGUACCUCCAGCCGUGCUAGCAACCAACAAGGUUCUGCUGGACAUGGCCAAGAUGAGACCGACUACGGUUGAAAACGUGAAACGGAUUGACGGUGUCUCUGAAGGCAAAGCUGCUCUGUUGGCCCCUCUGACGGAAGUCAUCAAACAUUUCUGUCAAGUAAAUAGUGUUCAGACAGACCUCUUCGCCAGUACCAAACCUCAGGAGGACGAGGAGAAACGUCAGGAGAUGGAGAACAAAGACUGCUCACUCCCCCAGUCUGCGGCCGUCACAUACGCUCUAUUCCAGGAAAAGAAAAUGUCCUUACACAGCAUAGCUGAGAAUAGGCUUCUGCCUCUCACAGCGGUCGGCAUGCACUUAGCCCAGGCGGUGAAAGCCGGCCACCCCCUGGAUAUGGAGCGAGCUGGCCUGACCCCAGAGACUCGGAAGAUUAUUAUGGAUGUUAUCCGAAACCCUCCCAUCAACUCAGACAUGUAUAAAGUUAAACUCAUCAGAAUGUUGGUUCCUGAAAACAUUGACACAUACCUCAUCCACAUGAUGAUUGAGAUCCUAGAGAGCGGGUCCCACGGCAGGACCCAGCCUCCCUGUGAUUCCAGCAGGAAGAGGUGUCUCCCCAGCCCCGCAGAGAGUUGCGGCAGCUUUAAGAAGAGCAAGGAGAUGGUCACUGAGACCAAGGCACCAUCUGAGAUGUCCCAGAGAAAAUUACCUGAAUGGUUUGUCAAAGGAAAUGUGCCCUUGGCUGCUACUGGCAGCUCAUCAGUGGCCAAGACAAAAAAGAAAGGUCUUUUCAGUUAAGAUGGCAGCUACCAAACAGUGUGUGUGCCACAAUAUCAUUCCUAUAAAGAACGAAAAACAAGUAUUUUACCUUCCAAAUGACUUAAAGUCCAAAGUGAAACUCACCGAAACGUUGGACCGCUGGCGUCUUUAAUCGGCCGUCUGCAGUGGAGAUAACGUAUCCGGACCUUCUAAGACCCUGAGUGCAGUAUAGAGUGUGAAGUCGGUCUCCUUUCAGGUUGCUUCCCGAGCCACCGUCAUGCUGCAGUCUCUCCCUUCUUGUAACAGUGCCCAUGGGAAAGGGAGGAUGUGUCACUUUGACACCCAUAACAGAUUAGUAGUUGCAUAGUGACAGAUAUGAAGACGUCUUCAAUUGACAAGAUGGCGUCCUGUGAAUUUAAGACAGCAGAUUCGUUUUACACAUGGUCUUUGCUUUCUCACGCAGACGCGUGUACGUUCACUGUCAGGCAAUCUCAGUGCACCGGCCCAGUCAGUGACACAUCAGCUUCCAUUUAAAUGGGAGAAACUGUGGAAAGGAUUCCAGUUAUAGAGACAACUGAAUGCUGUGCAUUUUCUACAGAAUUUUUAUUAUUUCUCCAGUAAAAGUGUCUUCUGUACUGAGCAUUAAAUAUACUUAAUUUUCAUUUACUUAAUUAUUGUAAGUGCCUUCAAUAUUUGGAGAUGCCAAAUGUCUUAUGUUUCACACAGAAUUAAAAAAGUGAAAAUUCAACUCUGUUCUUGGUAAACUAUUGUUAUAUAAAUUUAAGCAGUUUACCAUAUAGCUUAUAAAUACAUUCUAAGCCUUGGAUUGACUUUUUUGUAAAUAGAAAUAGACUGUUAUUAAUACAGAAAAAAAUACACCUGAAUUCGGAGUAGCUUAAAAAAAAGUCACUCAGGAUUCCAUCAGGAAAUAAUGAAAGCCAUCUUUUGUAAUCGGUCUGACUUUCUGUUAUUCCUUUUCUCAAUUUGAAUCUUAUCGUAAGACAUUCAAACUAUACUUACAACAUAAGAACUCCCACGUUCUCGUUUUUCCGCUGUUACCAGAAGGUAGCUUUAGGUUUGUCACACAUAAUCUCCAGAAAUCUUCUAUUUCUCUGUGCCUUAAAAUGUGUCCCGACAAUCCAUGAGGUGGUCUCGUCUAUGGCAAAGCGUCGGCUGCUUAGAGUGCUUGAGGAUCAUGCUAUGGUGGUCAUCUGCAGGAAAACAUCUGCUUCAUUAUCUGAGUUAUGAGUUGAGUCAGGUGGUUUUUUUUCCUCAUGGAAUUGAAAAGCAAAACGUGGUGGCAACAGUUAUGCUCCUUUUUCAGACCUGGUUAUUUGGCAGACAUUUUCUCAGGAUUGAGUGCCAUUAGCCUAUUGCUUUAAGGAAAACGACAUACCAAUAGUUAUUGCCAGUAACAAAAUUGAAAUUUCUACUAAAACUUACAGUUCCUGUGAAUGUGUGUCCUUCACUGGGAACCUGGACAGCCGUACUUGACCUGAGGACUUUUCUAAUGAGAGAACUAAGACAUGAGAUAAUGUAGUAUGUAUAGUAAUGUGGUCAAGAAGGAAGAGUUGAUGGCUGUCCUUUCAGAUUACACACUGAAAAUAAUCAUUAAGGAAGAGCCACUGUUUUCGUUUCAAAGAUUCAAAGUUUCAAAGAUUCUCUACCAUUAUUUGAAAAGCUAUUUUCAAAUAGCUUUUCCUAACAUCACAGACACACACACACACACACACACACACACACACACACACACACACAGACUGAAUACAGUAGACUGGACUCCUAAACUCAUCUACACAAUGAGAACAUUUACAGAAAUGAAAUGGGACCAUCCUUGUCAAAUUUUUAAGGAAAAUGUGAUUUUUAAAUGAACAACAUUUGUGCUAAAGUGUAAAUGGUUUACUACAGCUGUUUUUAAAUGAAUCAAUACAUUUUUGGAAAAAGUCUCAGGUGUGAUUAUGUAUCUGCAUAACUGCACAUAUAACCACAGACCGGAGAGUAGAAAGCAACCGUGUGACAUUGAAGGAGUUGGGGAGGGGACCCGAAUGACAUGGAUGCUAAGAAGGGAGGGGGCAGGGAGCGGGAUGCAAAGUGAAUAUGUAAAGAAAAUAAAAUUAAAUAAAAUAAUAAAAAA